AUGGCAGCUCAAAGCUCUUCUUCCAGUAAAUCACAAGUUUCCAAGAACGCUUCUCAUGAUACCAUCAAAACACGAAUACAAAGUCAAGCUAUUCUAAAUGGUGUUGAGAACCAGAAAGGCAUAUUGCAGAUGGUGCGGUAUGUCUGGAAGGUUGAUGGAUUAAAAGGCUUUUAUAGUGGUGUACUACCUGGUAUUACUGGGUCUCUUGCGAAUGGUGCAACAUAUUUUGGUUUCAUAGAGUCAACUAAAAAGUGGAUUGAGGAUUCACAUCCUAGCCUUGAGGGCCAUUGGGCACAUUUCAUUGCUGGAGUUGUUAGAGAUACACUUGGUUCUGUAAUGUAUGUUUAA